AUGAUAAUGAUGAUGAUGAAUGAACCGGGUACUAACAUGGCAUUUGUUUGUCUGCAGGCAAGUCGCCAUUCUUCCCAGGCGUGGAGGAGGCGACGGGCGCGGGCGGCGCGGCGGCAGGGUCGCCGGCGGGGCCCGACCAGGCCCAGGACGUGGUGACGAGGCUCAGCGCUGCUGGUCUGUCGAUGUGCGUGAGCGCGCUGGGCUCGCCGGCGCGCUCGUCGCCCGUGUCCGCGGGCUCGGAGCACGGGGAGCGAUUCAGUCGGAAAGUGUUCGUCGGGGGACUGCCGCCGGACAUCGAUGAAGGUGAGAAACGUAUCUUUGAUUGUAUUAUGGUACCGGCAAUCUGUAUAAUUCGGCAUUCUUUAAUACCAACCGAAAGCAUCAAGCCUACAGAAUAUACAAACGAUGACGAGAGCUCGGUAGCAGCUCUAAUGGAAGCCUGCAUCACGGACGAUGACAAGCUAUAUCUCUGCGUGUCAUCACCCACCAUCCGCGACAAGCCCGUACAGAUUCGGCCGUGGAAGCUGGCCGACGCGGACUUCGUGCUGGACGCCAGCAUGCCGCUUGACCCACGCAAGACCGUGUUUGUGGGGGGAGUGCCGCGUCCUUUGAAGGCUGUGGAGCUGGCCAUGAUCAUGGACCGGUUGUACGGCGGCGUGUGCUACGCCGGUAUCGACACAGACCCAGAACUCAAGUAUCCGAAGGUAAGAGACAUAAUUACGCCAUAUGAUUCCUGCUGA